AUGGAACAAGUCCAUAAGAAAUACAUGCACUGUGGUUCGCAGUCUCUCCUAGCUAACAUGCGUCAACGAUACUGGCCAAUUAAGGGCAAAUUAAUGGCAAGGUCAGUAGAACAACAUUGUGUACGUUGUACUAAAGUAAGACCACGAUUUUAUGAACAACUGAUGUGUAAUUUGCCAGCGACAAGAGUACAACCUGGGCGACCAUUCCUCACCACUGGAGUGGACUUUUGCGGACCUUUUUGGAUACAUUACAGAAUCCGAGGCAAGAAACCACACAAGGCAUACAUUGCUGUGUACUGUUGUUUCACAACUAAGGCAGUUCACCUCGAAGUAGUUAGCGAUUUAACCACAGAUGCAUUCAUCGGAUCGCUGAAACGUUUUAUUGUUCGAAAAGGACACUGCAAAAAUUUGUUUUGUGACAAUGCCACAAAUUUCGUGGAAGCAAGCAAUCAAUUACUUGAACUUGCAGACUCAAUUCAAACAAACAAGGCACAAGAGAAGAUAAUUAACGAAUGUAAUGAAAGAGGAAUAACAUUUAAAUUUAUACCUCCUCGUGCACCACACUUCGGUGGACUUACUAAGACCACGUCACUAACAUAUGAGGAACUAGAGACUGUAGUACUAGAAGUCGAAGCAAUACUGAACUCUCGACCAUUGACACCUAUGUCGAGUAAUCCGAAUGACUUGUCAGCACUAACACCUGGUCAUUUCUUAAUCGGAGAACCGCUCACAGCAAUGGCAGAUGCAAUCGCACUCUAG